AUGAAGCCGGCGCGGCUGCUGCUGCUGCUGAGCGGGUGCGCGCUGCUGCUGGCGCCGGCCGUGCGCGGCUGCGGGCCGGGCAGGGUGGUGGGCAGCCGCCGCCGCCCGCCCCGCAAGCUCAUCCCGCUCGCCUACAAACAGUUCAGCCCCAACGUCCCCGAGAAGACGUUGGGGGCCAGCGGCCGCUACGAGGGCAAGAUCGCGCGUAACUCGGAGCGCUUCAAGGAGCUCACGCCCAACUACAACCCCGACAUCAUCUUCAAGGACGAAGAGAAUACCGGCGCCGACCGGCUUAUGACCCAGCGCUGCAAGGACCGCUUGAACUCCCUGGCCAUCUCUGUCAUGAAUCAGUGGCCAGGGGUGAAGCUGAGGGUGACGGAGGGCUGGGAUGAGGAUGGGCACCACUCAGAGGAGUCGCUGCAUUACGAGGGCCGAGCUGUGGACAUCACAACCUCGGACAGGGACCGCAACAAGUACGGCAUGCUGGCUCGCCUGGCUGUGGAGGCUGGCUUUGACUGGGUCUACUACGAGUCCAAAGCACACAUCCACUGCUCUGUCAAGUCAGAGCACUCGGCCGCUGCGAAGACAGGGGGCUGCUUUCCUGGGCGGGCACUGGCAACGCUGGAGGACGGUGCCCAGACUCCACUGUGGGCACUGCGCCCGGGCCAGCGAGUGCUGGCAAUGGACGGGUCGGGCAGGCCCACCUACAGUGACUUCUUGGCUUUCCUGGACAAGGAGCCCCGUGCCCUCACCACCUUCCAUGUCAUCGAGACACAGGAGCCACCCCGGCGCCUGGUCCUGACACCCACCCACCUGCUCUUUGUGGCGGAGAACGCUUCAGCACCGACCACUCACUUCCGCCCCAUCUUUGCCAGCCUUGUGCGCCCUGGACAUUUCGUGCUUGUGGCAGCAGGGGGAAGCAGCUUGCAGCCUGCCAAAGUGGUGGGGGUGCGGGACCGGAGGGACAUGGGAGCCUAUGCCCCUCUGACACGCCACGGGACGCUGGUGGUGGAUGGUGUGGUGGCCUCCUGCUUCGCCCUGGUGCAGGAGCAACAGCUGGCGCAGCUGGCCUUCUGGCCACUCCGGCUCUACCACAGCCUGGUGGGGUGGCCAGGGGCACAGGGAGAUGGUGUGCACUGGUACUCAGGGCUGCUCUACCGCCUGGGCAGGCUGCUCCUGCCCCCCGACAGCUUCCACCCACUGGGGGUACCCCGGGCAGAGAGCUGAGGGUGCGCCACAGCCGCAGCCAGCACUGCUGGUGGAGGUGGUGGCCGCAGGGUGACUCACUGGGGGCUAGCACCCCCUCCCAAACCUGGGUGCCCAUGGGGACCUGCCUCCAGCCCCGCCUUCAUGGAGUACAGCCACCUCCUGGUCAGGGGGCACCGAGGCUCCCCAGCUUGCCUACUCCAUGCUCACCCCCCCACUCUUCACCCCCUGUUCCUAGGGGUGGGGGGUAGGCAUGAAGGGCUUCCCCUGGGACAGGGGGUGUGCCCCAGCUGGAUCCACAUGCUGCUAUGUGUGUGUGUGUGUGUGUGUGUGUGUGUGUGUGAUGUGUGUGUGCAUGGGCUGAAUUAGCUAAUGAUGGAGGUCUGAUCAAGGAGUGGGAGCUGGAAGAAGAGAGAGCCCUGGAUACUCCUCUAGGAGUCCUAGACAGUCUGCACCCAGUGCAGAGGCUUUGGGAGAGGGGCCUUAGGCCUAUUUGCUAGGCAGCCUGGGUGGGAAGGGCAGGCAAUGCUAUUUCUACCUCUGGGACAUGGUAGAUGGGAAGAGGGUGAUACAGGUAUUGUGACAGCUCUGUCAUCAGAGCUCUGUCUUGGUAACACAAGUGCCACUGGGGAGUGGGGAUGACGAGCUCUGCCCAAAGCGAGCACUGUAGCCACCCAGUCAUGCCCAUGGAACUGCUGUGACAGCAUGGGGAGCUCCAGCUGGAAAGAGGAGGCUGCAGAGGCAAGCACAUAGGCCAGAACGGGCAGGAGGGUGCAAGUGUCAGCCAGGUAUGGGCACACACUGGUAGGGGUGGAGAGAGUAAGGCUGCAGCCCCAGUCUUCUGGAGUCUGGGGAAAGAAAGUGGCAGGGAAGAAAGCAGUUGCUCCCUUGCCUUCCCAGCAUCCUGCCUGAGUUGGCUUAGCCAAAAAGCCUUUUCCACUGCAAAGCUAAAAAAACUCCUCAAUCUUCAGACCCUGCCUGGCCUGACGUCCACAACCCACCAAGUACCCCAAAGCCUCAGGGUAACUCAUUGCUGCUCGCCCACUCCCAGCACCUGCAGGGGGUCAGAGCUGUGGCCACAGUUACCCCCCUCCAAAUCUUAGCUGGAGCCUCAGCUUUUCCUAGCUAGGAAAAGCUCCACAUUAGCAGAGGCAAGAGGGAUAAGGGGGGCUGUGACCCACGUUCCCCCUGCGGCAUCACGCAUCUUUAUUUAUUUAUCUGCUCUUUGUAUGUACCAUAGAGGCAGCAUGGGCGCAUGCAGGCUGAGAUGGGAGUGGUGGGGGGAAAGUUGUCUGGUUGGGGGGGGGGGGUGUUUUGGUUUUUUUUUUAAACAAAAAGCAGAAAUUAUUUAAAGAUUAUUUUAAAGCACAGCUUUUUUGGUGAUUGUUGUCCAGGACAAAGUGAGGGAGUGCGAGAAUGGCCGACAGCAGGUGUAUUUUUGUCUCUUCACUGGAUGCACCUUUCCUGGUUUGGGACACAG